UGAUAUUUAGCUCCAGUUUGUUUACAAAUUUUUACAUUUUAAACAGCUGAACUGAAUGAGCAUUUGUUGGGACGCAUAAACCAUAAACACCACGUUUUAACUCUUCAGCUGCAUUGCAAUUUAUCGAAAUACAUUAUUAAUAUCGAUAUUGGAAGCAGCGUCUUUACCAUCUCUAAUUGUGGAGCCAUAGUAAAUUAAAAUUUUGAACGGAAGAAGCAUCAUUAAGACGCAAAAACUAUGAGUACAUUUUCAAACGCUGGUACAAAGCUGGUUGAAAUAUUCAAUAAAAUGCAUCAAGAUACCGAUUUUACGGACUGUACAAUUAUCGUGGAUUCCAUAAAAUUCGAGUGCCACAAAAUUGUUUUGGCAACUGAUUCUGAGUUCUUUCGUCGCAUGUUUUUGAGCAAUUUUAAGGAAUCAUCAUCUCGAGAGAUUCAUUUAAAGGACGUGACGCCAGUGGUAUUUCUAAUAUUUCGAGAAUACAUGUACAAAUACGAUAGCAAGGUGCUGAAUAAUUAUGAUUUGCCAACUCUGAUGAAUUUGUUUGAAUGCGGCAACAUGUGGAUGGCGCCAUCGAUAGUCAAGGACUGUGCAACUAUAUUGGUUACCCGAGCUCAAGGCCUGACUACUGCAGAUCUGCCAAUCUUCUUUGAAUUGGGACAUAAGCACAACAAUUCGAUCCUAAUCAAUGGGAUAACUGCUAUACUUCAAUCACAAAAUGUUGUGCCAUUUAAUGGCAAUAGUUCCUUUCUCUUAAAUUAUGAUAUUUUUCAAAAAUUUAUUUCUUUUUACCGCAACGGUAAUGCAGAUGCGCUUACUGAAAAUUACUUGGCAUUUAAUAGAAGGCUAAAGCGAAAACAUGAAACCGAAAAGAACGCAAACGGUUCAUUAAAUGAAAUUAUUAAUGAAAAAUUAAAUCAAGAGAAAUCCAAGAAAUGAUAAAAUGUAUAAUAAAUUCAAAAUCAAUAACUUUUAUCAAAACUACCAAAACCCACAUCUAUAACUAAGUGAAAGCUAUCCAUAAUUUGAUUUCUGUAAACCUAAAAGGGUAUUUUAAUUUACAUUA